UUAUGUCUAUGCUCUGACCGCGGAUGCGGUGUAAAAAAAAGCCCGCAAACUUCAGGCACGAGUUUUGGGGUUGGUGUGACACCUGAACCCAACCUCCAGUCCAUGUUCACUGAACGACCAGACGCAGCUGGACGCAGAUGAGGAAAAGUCUCGAGAUGAAUGAAGCAAAUCCACACUUUAACAUUUUACAUGAUGAAGUUUAAACCCAACCAGACCAGGACUUAUGACGCUGAAGGCUUCAAAAGACGAGCGGCGUGUUUGUGUUUCAGAAACGAGUCCGAAGAUGAGGUGCUACUGGUGAGCAGCAGCCGACAUCCAGACCAAUGGAUUGUGCCAGGGGGAGGCGUGGAGCCUGAUGAGGAACCCUGCGGGGCAGCUGUUAGAGAGGUGUAUGAGGAGGCUGGGGUUAAGGGAAAGCUUGGCAGACUUCUGGGAAUUUUUGAGCACAACCAAGACAGAAAGCACAGGACAUAUGUCUAUAUCCUCAUUGUCACAGAGAUACUGGAGGACUGGGAGGACUCUGUCAACAUAGGAAGAAAACGUAAAUGGUUCAAGGUUGACGAAGCCAUCCGGGUGCUGCAUAGCCACAGGCCUGUCCAUGCUGAAUAUCUGCACAGAUUCAAGAACACCUGUAACUCCACCUGCAGCCCAGCAUGUCACCCAAGCAACGGCAACACAGUGGGCUUACAAGUGAUGGACAACAACACUCCUCUCUGCGUUGUUAGUGCCACACAAACCUCGGAUCUCCUCAACCGAUAAGAGAGAUUCUUGUAGGACUCCGAGAUGGACUUAUCUGAAACACACUGUUACCUACAUUACUUGCACAGUUGUAAACUAUGAAGUAUGGACUCCCAUGAUUUAAACCCAUUUUAAAAUGGGCUUGGAGAGUGCCAAAAUGUUUUCCAAUAAUAGUUACAGUUGAAUGUGUAUUUUUAUACAACCCCAAUUCCAGUCAAGUUGGGACAUUGUGUUAAUCAUAAAUAAAAACAGAAUACAAUGAUUUGCAAAUCAUGUUCAACCUAUAUUUAAUUGAAUACACUACAAAGACAAGAUAUUUAAUAUUCAAACUGAUAAACAUUGUUUUUAGCAAAUAAUUAACUUAGAAUUUUAUGGCUGCAACACGUUCCCAAAAAGCUGGGACAGGGUCAUGUUUACGGCGGCACGGUGGACGACUGGUUAGAGCGUCAGCCUCACGGUUCUGAGGACCCGGGUUCAAUCCCCGGUCCUGCCUGUGUGGAGUUUGCAUGUUCUCCCCGUGCCUGUGUGGGUUUUCUCCGGGUUCUCCGGUUUCCUCCCACAUCCCAAAAACAUGCAUUAAUUGGAGACUCUAAAUUGCCCGUAGGUGUGAAUGUGAGUGUGAAUGGUUGUUUGUUUGUAUGUGCCCUGCGAUUGGCUGGCAACCAGUUCAGGGUGUACCCCGCCUCCUGCCCGAUGACAGCUGGGAUAGGGUGCAGCACGCCCGCGACCCUAGUGAGGAGAAGCGGCUCAGAAAAUGGAUGGAUGGAGGGUCAUGUUUACCACUUUGUUACAUCACCUUUUCUUUUAACAUUCAAUAAACGUUUGGGAACUGAAGACACUAAUUGUUGAAGCUUUGCAGGUGGAAUUCUUUCCCAUUCUUGCUUGAUGUACAGCUUCAGCUGUUCAACAGUCCGGAGUCUCUGUUGUUGUAUUUUACCUUCAUACAAAAUGCGCCACACAUUUUCAAUGGGAGACAGGUCUGGACUGCAGGCAGGCCAGUCUAGUACCCGCCCUCUUUUACUACAAAACCACGCUGUUGUAACACAUGCAGAAUGUGUUUUGGCAUUGUCUUGCUGAAAUAAGCAGGGGCUUCCAUGAAAAAGACGUUGCUUGGAUGGCAACAUAUGUUUCUCCAAAACCUGUAUGUACCUUUCAGCAUUAAUGGUGCCUUCACAGAUGUGUAAGUUAUCCAUGCCAUUGGCACUAACACAGCCCCAUACCAUCACAGAUGCUGGCUUUUGAACUUUGCGUCCAUAACAGUCCGGAUGGUUCUUUUUCUCUUUGGCCCGGAGGACAUGACGUCCACAAUUUCCAAAAACAAUUUGAAAUGUGGACUCGUCAGACCACAGAACACUUUUCCACUUUGCAUCAGUCCAUCUUAGAGGAGCUCGGGCCCAGAGAAGCCGGCGGCAUUUCUGGGUGUUGUUUAUCAAUGGCUUUUGCUUUGCAUAGUAGAGUUUCAAGUUGCACUUACGAAUGUAGCGCUGAACUAUAUUUAUUGACACUGGUUUUCUGAAGUGUUCUUGAGCCCAUGUGGUGAUAUCCUUUGCACAUUGAUGUCAGUUUUUGAUGCAGUGCUGCCAGAGGGAUCGAAGGUGACGGGCAUUCAAUGUUGGUUUUCGGCCUUGCCGCUUACAUGCAGUGAUUUCUCCAGAUUCUCUGAACCUUUUGAUGAUGUUAUGGACCGUAGAUGAUGAAAUCGUUGAGGAACAUUGUCCUUAAACUGUUCGACUAUUUUCUCACGCACUUGUUCACAAAGAGGUGAACCUCGCCCCAUCUUUGCUUGUAAAUGACUGAGCAAUUCAGGGAAGCUCCUUUUAUACCCAAUCAUAGCACCCACCUGUUCCCAAUUAGCCUGUUCACCUGUGGGAUGUUCCAAACAGGUGUUUGAUGAGCAUUCCUCAACUUUCUCAGUCUUUUUUGCCACCUGUCCCAACGUGUUGCAGCCAUAAGAUUCUAAAUUAAUGAUUAUUUGCUAAAAACAAUAAAGUUCAUCAGUUUGAACAUUAAAUAUCUUGUCUUUGUAGUGUAUUCAAUUCAAUAUAGGUUGAUCAUGAUUUGCAAAUCAUUGUAUUCUGUUUUUAUUUAUGUUUAACACAACGUCCCAACUUCAUUGGAAUUGGGGUUGUAGUAAUUAUCACCAACGGGUUGAGCAAAUGUGUGUCCGUUUACUGCUUUCUUGUAGUUUUUGGAGUGUUACGUCUGCACUUUGAAGGUAAUUUUCAUUCUUGAUGAUAAAUAAUACAGUAUUUCAUUGUUGUUACAGCCAGCGUUUGCUUGGUUUCCUGGCGGCCAGUACUAAGAAGUGCUCAGUGCUAAGAAGUCAUAAUGCUCAAAGUGCCUUGGUGACAAAUCAUUAAGGAAUAUAUCUUGUGCUUAAAAGAAUACUAUACUAUCUUUGUGAACUGCUAUGACUGUAAAGGUGCAGAGCAAAUUAAUAUUACCUCAUGUAAGAGACAGCUAAAGGCAAAGUCUAUGCGGAUAUAAUUGCCUCACAUGUAAUCACCACUCAUAAUUAAUUACAUUUGUCGGUUCUAUUCAGUAUUUAUACUAGAAUCACAUCUGAAUUAGGUCUAUCACUGUUGAAUAUUUUUAGAACUCAAUUAUUCUAUCAAUUAUUACAUUGAAUAAUAAGAUAAAUUAUUGUGCAUUGCAAGUUGAUUGCAAAAUAAUUUUAAACAAUUUAGCAAUAUCACAGGCAUGAGAGGCGGCACGGUGGACGACUGGUUAGAGCGUCAGCCUCACAGUUCUGAGGACCAGGGUUCAAUCCCUGGCCCCGCCUGUGUGGAGUUUGCAUGUUCUCCCCGUGCCUGCGUGGGUUUUCUACGGGCACUCCGGUUUCCUCCCACAUCCCAAAAACAUGCAUGAAUUGGAGACUCUAAAUUGCCCGUAGGCAUGACUGUGAGUGUGAAUGGUUGUUUGUUCCUAUGUGCCCUGCGAUUGGCUGGCAACCAGUUUAGGGUGUACCCCGCCUCCUGCCCGAUGACAGCUGGGAUAGGCUCCAGCACGCCCGCGACCCUAGUGAGGAGAAGCGGCUCAGAAAAUGGAUGGAUGGAUGGACAUGCAUGAGAGGAAGUGAUGUACUCUACUCGCCAACCUUUCUCAAAAUGAGCGCUACUGUACUACGUGGGUACUGAUUAACGCGAAGGGCUACUAGUUUGAUGAACACUUCUGAGGCUGCUUCAGGUUCAACUACAUACCAAUUACAGGUUAUUUGUACCAAGACUUCAAAAUAACGAUGAUUUUCAUAAUAGAUUAAAUGGACUAUUUUUUUUUUUCCCAUAAAUUCAUUAUGAUUCAGUUACUGGUUUGAUGUCAGACAAUAUAGGCAACAAUGUUGAUCAUUGUUUUCCAAAGUAAAAGCAGAUGUUUGCAAAUGUCUUAUUUUGAUUAAACACAAAGCACUGGGUUACAAUAAAUUUUUUUGGGUAAUUUGUCUAUGUUUUUUCAACUGAUUCAGGACAAUUUUGCAUUACUGAAUCUGAAAAUUAUGUCUGUUCCUCUUGUUCGGGUCAGGGUUUUAUGCCAAGUUUUUAACAUUUUAAUAAUCAACUGUUACAAACUUUGCUUGCUGUAAUUUGAAUAGUAGACAUUGAUAAAAUUAAGUAGAUGUAAAUUGAGUGUUACGUCAUCAUUGUUAAAAAUUCAGGGCAUGAACCUCCGUUUAUUUGAACCUUUAAAGCGAAAGUACCUGUACAUGGAAACAAACACAUAUGGUCAUAGUUCAAAAAGUUGACCUGAUUGACCAAAACCAGUGAGAUAUUUGGAUUCAGCAUAUCAAAGUUGUCCUUUAUCAGCAAACAUCUUAGACAAAAUAAAUUUGUUGUUGACCAGUGUAAUCAAUCUGCUUUUAAGAAGGACUACAGAAAUCAGAGACUGAACACAGACAAGUUGGACAAUUUUAAUUUAAAUACUGGCUCUAAACGAUUAAUUGAUUAUCAAAAUAGUUGUUGAUUAAUCACUUAAUUGUGACAACCGUAAUCUCAACAAAGUCUAAAAAAACCCCACACAAAUCCAAUUGUAUACAAUGUGUCCCAAAAAUGUAUAUAAUUAAAAUUGGAAUAUCUGAGUAGUUACAUUUUCUAGACAAAUAAAACAAAACUGGCUUCAUGUUGAAAUAUAAAAGAUGUAUUGAUCACAAUUCCAGAAACAGAUUGAAACUGAUAUAGAUUUUUAUAACUGAUUUCACAAAGCUCCAUGAUUUGACUGUGAAUGGACUAUAACAUUUUGUCAAAUCCUUGGAACACUAUUAAAAAUAAUUGCUUAUGUGUUUUUUUUUUGUGACUAAUCUGAUUCUGAAUGAUUUUCAAGAGGGCAGUCCCAAUGUCUUUUAAGAUUUUCCAAUCUGCAUUAAAACUCACAAAUUUGAAUUGCACAUUAGGAAUUUUUUACAUUUUAAUUUUGAAUGAAGUGAACCUUGAAUUUAAAACAGAAUUUUCAGUAUUUAGUGUGCUUAAAUAGCAUUUAUUUAUAAAAUAUUCCAGCAGAAACAAAACCCCUACUGUACUGUCAUGAACAAUUACUUUGCAUGCAUCAUGUGGAAAGUGAUACUGUUUUGUCAACAAAAUUCACACACUUCGCAAAUGUAUAAUUUUUCUUAUUCAUUGAAAUAAGCUCUUGAUCACGAGAGAACAUGGACUUGUUCCUAUAAACGUUUGCUGCUGUUUA